AUGUUGAAAUACGAAACUAUCGUCUCUACGGAGGUUACAGGACUCUCAUUCGAGUUCCUACCAGCGGAAACUAUCAGAAAGAUGUCUGUUUCUGAAAUAUCUAACACAGGACAUAAUGGCGAAGAAUCUACGGAGCGAUCUUGUAUCCAUGACUCGGCACUCGGUCCAAGCGAUCUGUGCAACAUAUGUUCGACAUGUAAUGAGGUUUCAACGUGUGACGGACAUAUGGGACACAUCAACUUUCCACUGCCAUUAUACCAUCCGCUGUUGCUACCGAGACUGACGAAACUGAUAAAAGGAACGUGCCUAUAUUGUCGUAGGCUAAAAUUGCCAGAACAUAGAAUGAUCAAAUAUGUAAAGCUGUUUGAUCUACUGCACGCUGGACUGGUAUCGGACAUGUUGCUAUUCGACGACUGGUGUCCCGAUACCCCCAAACACCUUGUACUGGAGGAGUCGCAAAAGACGCCGUCCAGAGCGGCAGCUGAUAAACAUCUGGAUGAUGUUACAUCACUGACAAGCUUGGGUUCAAUUACAUCCAAGGAGCAAUAUUUACAUGAGGUUAUGAGCAAGCUGGAUUCCAAGAGACGGCAUAUACCUUCUGAAACGAACAACCGUACAACAUCUAUCGAUUGCAACACAACAAAUGAUGGCGAAAGUGCGGGGAACGAUCUUGACGGUCUACCUACGAAAAAAGCAAAGUCUAUGGUGCCACCGUCGACCACCGGUAAAGGUGGUAGGUCGCGACAUUUUGAUAUGGCCUUCUGGAACGAGUUACGGAAUCGUUUCCUAACGGAAGCAGGUAAUACUAUCCAGUGCCAUAACUGUAAACAGAGAGAUGUGUUCCUAAUCAAACCGUCCAACGAAUUUAGCUCGAUUGAAAUUUCGUGGCCUUAUGAUAUCGAGGAACCACCCAUCAUAGACUAUCUUGCUAGCUACCAAUGGAAUGCCGAAGGUAACGAUAUCACCGAUUUACAGAGCGAUGCUACGGGUGUGAUACAGGGUCUAGUACCCCCGGUUCUCAACCGUUUAAGCGUUACUGGCCGUUCUGUGAGACAGAUUCACUUGCAAGCAUUUCAUGUGGUACCGUAUAUACAAGAGCUGUUUAAACAAAAUAAACUAGUCCUUAGUCAUAUAUUUCCACAGUCACGUAGGAUGGGAUGGAAAAUGUUCAUGAUGUUCUGCAUGGGAGUCCCUGCGAAUCGUUUCAGACCAGUAUUAGCCACUGCAGGCCGACGCGUUGCGCUGCAUGCCCGUUCCUCAGCGUUGUUGAGUAUACUUUCGGCUAGGGAAACCGUCUGCGCGCUUUUGAAGAUAGGAAAUGCGGCCAAUCUAGCCAGAUGUCUGCGUGACACCGAUUAUGCCCAAAGCUUAUUAGGUAGUAUUGAUGAUCGUCAAGUGCAAGCAUUCCGUGAUUACAUAGUCAGAUGUGGUCCGGACUUUGAAACUGCUGUGUUGAAUGCCAUAAACAGCCUGCAAAACAAAAUUGCGGUAUAUUCGGACGGCAGAAAAAGCCUCACUGCGGGUUCCCCUAAAGCAAUUCUACACCAAGGUAUAAAACAAGCCCUUGAAAAAAAAGAUGGUGCCGUAAGGCAUAAUAUGUUGGGUAAGCGUGUCAAUUACGCAGCACGUACGGUUAUUGCACCAGAUUGUUUCCUGGACACGAACCAGAUGGGUAUCCCUCUCAUGUUUGCAACCGAGCUUACUAUCCCGGAAAACGUCACAUCCUACAAUGUAAACUUGCUAAGGAGGCUACUGGUCAAUGGACCAAGGGUGUACCCUGGAGCUAACUUCUACCGCGAUGAACACGGUAAAUUGUAUAACUUGGGAGCGCUGACGUUCAAUGAACGUAAAGCUAAAGCAAAGUUACUCAUGACAGACAGCUCAGACGGAAAAUUGCCGCGUGUAGUAUACCGCCAUGUGUUGGACGGGGAUGUGGUACUGAUGAACCGGCAGCCGACGCUGCACAAGCCCGGUAUCAUGGCACAUUUUGUAAAGGUCCUUACAAACCAGAAGAUAUUUAGGCUAAACUACGUAAACUGUAACACUUACAAUGCAGAUUUCGACGGUGAUGAGAUGAACUUACACCUACCACAAGAUCCAUUAGCACAGUCCGAGGCGAGACUUAUCAUCAAUGCGGAUUGCCAGUUUACGGUGCCAAAAGACGGCCAACCGAUAAGAGGUCUUAUACAGGAUCAUUGUAUAGGAGGUGCAUAUCUAACAUGUCGUGAUACCUUUCUAACCCGCGACCAAUACUUUAAUCUGGUCUACGUCGCUUUGCAAGAGUUUUUCCGAUGGGACCGUACAAUGUACAUUCGUCCGGAAACUGGGAUUGUGAGGAUGCAAGAUGGCGUGGAGUUGGAUAUACAGUUACACCAGUUGACUAAGCGUCUUAAGAUACUGAGUGACCCCUAUGCGCGGCGAUGUGCCAACCGCAACACGGAGAUACACCUGGAAGAACCGGCUAUUAUAUUCCCACAAUUUAGAUGGACGGGAAAGCAGGUGAUAACCACAAUAUUAAAGACUAUAGUUGAUGGUAUCGCACAGGGAUUACGCAGUACAGAUGUGAACUUCUUACGGAACUACAAGGGUAUCAACCUUGUUUCCAAAUCAAAGACUCCGGGUGAUGCCUGGGGUGGAGUCAUGGACGGUAACAAAGAGGAAGGCAUCAUAAUAAUCAGGAAUUCAGAGCUGCUGCAAGGUGUAUUGGACAAGUCGCAGUUUGGUUCGACCCCUUAUGGGUUGACCCAUCUAGUGUACGAGCUGCUAGGCCCACGGGCAUCAGGAUGUCUGUUGAACGCAUUUUCCUACCUAUUCACAUCGUUCCUGCAGAUGCAUGGAGUUACAUGUAGUCCUAUGGAUUUCAUAUUGACUUGUGACGCUGAACGUGAUCGCAACCGUAUCCUGCGUCGUAUCAAGCAUGGAGGUAUCCACCUACAGCAACUCUUCAUUUCAGCAUUCUCAAACGGGCAAAAUGAUGUUGAAAAAACUGAAAGUGGUACUCAUAGAUCUUCCAAAGAAGUUGGUUCGGAUUCUUUGUCUAUUUUCAAAAAAAUGUAUGAUCAACUAAAGGAUUUUCCAGCUCUGAAAUCUGAGCUGCGUGGCGUGGCUAUAGAAUCGCUAUCAGACAUGAGAAACGUUCUAGGUAUUGUGUCCAAAUAUCUGGAUAAAAACACUAUCGUGCCCGAGAGUAGACGCAAACUUGCUGCUAUCGUAUCCAGCUCACUUGAAGCCCUGUGCGCAGUACCGGAGCUACGUGGGUUCGUGCUUGGACAAAUGCCACGUGUUGCUGCAAUAGAUAAAGAGGAGCCCCUGGCCAACGAAAAUUUAGUCAUGAAACAGUAUCCGUCGUGGCAAAAAAACUACGAUAUGGAUGUAAGAGCAUCUCGUAACGCGUCUGAUCGGUGCUACACGCUUGGUGACUCCAGUGAAACGUGUUCAUCGCUCUACAGUUUGAUAAAUGAGCGUUUCAAGGGUAAUGAAAAGGUGUUUUACAAAAUGUUUGACCGUUUUUUCCAGGGUAACAUUACUGGCGCCUCUAGUGAAGCUAGCAAUGUUGUAGAUAGGACACUAUUGAAAUUCCCACAGAAUGGGUUUGCUGGUAUGGUAUUGACAGGUGCUAAGGGAAGCAAAGUCAAUUUUAGCAUGAUUUGCAGUUUGCUUGCACAGCAGAGUCUUGAAGGGCGUCGAGUACCGGUCAUGCCUUCAGUUCGUACAUUACCAUCGUUCGCAUUUGGUGACCUAGGUUCACGUGCUGGUGGAUUCAUUACAGAUCGUUUUCUCACUGGUCUGAGACCUCAGGAAUACUUUUUCCAUUGCAUGUCUGGGCGUGAAGGUUUAGUGGAUACAUGUGUGAAAACGGCGAAAUCAGGUUAUUUACAACGUUGCGUUUUGAAAGCGAUGGAGGAUGUCAUAUGUUGUUAUGAUUCAACUGUACGCAGUUGUGAUGGGACGAUCAUCCAGUUCGCCUACGGUGAGGACGGUAUAGACGUACAGAAGUCCGCCUAUUUGAAACGCCCCAAAGAUAUUGUCGACAAUGCUGCACUGGUCGGUCGUGGACUAGGGGAUACCCCGUUGAAGUUUGAAUCAGGUUUCUCCAAGCUAUUGGGUGGAACGUUUAAAACACCCGAAGUACAGGAAACUUUAUACCGACAUUACAAACGUUCCAAAUGCGAUCCUGGAGAAGCUGUUGGAUGCGUUGCUGCGCAGUCGAUUGGUGAACCUGCCACUCAGAUGACCCUAAAUACAUUCCACUUGGCUGGUCACGGGGCUACCAAUGUGACUUUAGGUAUACCACGUUUAGUCGAAAUUUUGCAGACUACGGGAAACGCUUCAACACCAUACUUCUCUGCUCCGCUCUUGGGCAAUUCACACGAGGAGAUGGCACAGAAUGCGCAGGUUGCAAUAAAUGCGCUGCGAACAGUGCCACUCACUGACGUGAUACACUCGGUGGCCGUUGAGGAUGCUAUUUAUGUUGACGCCAACGGAGAGAAGUUUUACGAGUAUGAAGCUAGUGUCCAGUUCGAGGAUUUGGCAGCAUUCCAGAGUGCAGUGGAUUCCAUAGAUCUAUUCACCAUUUUGAGAAUUACAGCACACUGUCUUCUCAACGGUUUUUUGAGGAAGGCCACUGGACUUAUGAUCGUUACCAUGGAUAGUAAUGUGCUAUGCGAACUUACGGAGAACAGUGAUUACCUUCAAGAGUGUUGGAGGCGUUUAGUGUUGAUGACAGCCCUUAGGAAGAGGGGGAAAUUAGCUACACGUAUCCGUAAGAUGGCAUUGCUCGCGGGAGGGUCGAAGGAUGCCGCUUUGGGCACCUCCACUGCUAAGAUGUCACUAUAUACAGGCGAAGGUAUGGAAAAUGCGUCAUCUACCAGCAAUAAAGAUGACGCUGGUAGCGAUGACGAAAUGCCUGAACCUGUGGAAACGGAUGAAAUCGAGACUGCAGAACCGUCGGACACGGUGGAUGACGACCCUGACCAAGAAAAGAACAGUGAUCAUGAGGAUUCGGAUCCUGAAUCACAGGAUGACUCAGAUAUUGAUGGUGCAGAUGCGGAAGCAACCUCCAAUACUUCCGACGAGGAAAAAUAUGAUUCCGCACUAUCUGACUCGGGUGAUGUGACGGCCAUAGGCACUUCGACACCAUCUCGUGAUGUAGGCACUGUGAAAGUCAAUAAUCCCAGUAGUGUAUCAAGGAAAAAGCAAUCUGCACAACUUACAAAUCCGGAAACUCCCGGCGGCGAAACCCGAAGCAAGGAUCAAGCUUCUAUGAGUUUCGAGAAUGACAUAAAGCGUGGAAAACAGGCCAUGAGCUCGCUGGAUGCGAAGGUUUUCCAUUUUGCAAAGUCUUUAAGAUACUGUGCGGAAACUGGACGUAUGGUGCUGAAGUUUGGCUGGCCCUUUAAAAAGUGCCCUUACCACCUGAACUUCUUGCCACUCUUGCGUCAGGAGACAUCAGCCCAGCUUUUACGUAACUCACCUGGAGUGAGACAGGCAAGAGUGGUAUGUACCUCUCAUGACGGUGAAGAGGUGUACAAUCUAUAUUGUGAUGGGACAAAUUUGCAGCGGUUGUUUUUGCUUAAGGAAGGUUUGGUUGAUCUCAACCGCAUCCGUAUAAACGAUAUCGCUACGGUGUUACGAUAUUACGGUGUGGAAGCAGCGCGUGCUUCUAUAGUUUCUGAGCUACAGAAUGUUUUUUCUGUAUACGGUAUCAAUGUGGACUACAGACACCUGUCGUUAAUCGCUGACUUCAUGACCAACAGGGGAGAUAUCAGGACAUUCAACCGAUACGGCAUGGCACAUCACUCUUCUCCCCUGCUACAGAUGUCGUUUGAGUCUACAACUAAGUUUAUGAUGGAUGCUUGUGAGCGUGGUGGCUACGACAAUUUAGGUUCGCCGGCGGGAGCGAUAAUAGCUGGGCGCCCGGUGAUGCUGGGAGGAGGUCUUUGCAAGGUUUUGCCACAGGUCGAUUUGCGUGGAUCAAAUGAAUCUUCUGCACGUUAUCCUUCAAGUGCCUAUGAUCAACAAGUCUCGGCAUCACGUCGUAUGGGUGUGGAAUCGUUCGUGUUAGAUGGCUAG